AUGUCGAAGGUGGUGAGGAAGUACGAGCUUCCUACUCAAGAUGGCGGUGGCACAAGUUCGGACAUUCGCGAAGUCCUGCUGUACUACAUUCUCGCUGCCUCGCACAGUCGCACAUCUUCGCUGGCCGCCCCGGUCAUGUCUGUGCCGAGCCAUGCAGACGUCUUAUCGUCUUCUCCACUCCUCACGACUCCACCACUCUAUCGGGUUACAAACGGAGGAAUCAAGGGCGUCACCCACACCGCCGCCGACACCGCCAUCAACAUCGCCAUCGACACCGCCAUCAACUCUUACCGCAACCAUGAUCCUAGCGAGCUGCAAAACCGGGCCGUGGGCAUCGACGGAAGACAAGGAGCGGUCAGCCUCCGCCAAGACGGCUCCGUACAUAUCGAUAGGCGAAGGAUCCCGGAGGAGACUGGAGUAGCAAGAUCAAUCGGAAGCCGUCUAGCCUGCAAUCGGCUUUGCAUGUCGUGA